AUGAAGGACUCCGAUAUCGCUGCUUAUACUACCAGAUUCAGUGACUUGGCUCUUCUAUGUCCCGGGAUGGUCACCCCGCAGAGUAAGAAGGUGGAAAGGCUAUAUAUGGGGUUUAGUUGGGCGAUACUCUUCUACAUGAUGGCAGAUGUUAUGGGCUUAGGACAUGGAGGUGACGGAGCCGGGGAUCCACCACCACCCGGAGGCUUUGGUCGUGGUCAACACGAACAGGAUGCCGAGCUCCCUAAGAAAAGAAGAGGCCUAGCAAAAAACAUUCAACUAUCAAAGAUAAUACGGGCAAACAAGGGAAAGCCUGUAGAUUUGGAUUUCGAUAGGGAGCUGACAUAUUCCCCUGUCGGGAACCAUGGUAAUUGGUUUACCCGUGAGAUUGGGAAGUAUAUAUGGAUGAACAUCCCUUUGAACGUAUCUGGUUGGGACAAUGUUUCCCCCGCUUUAAGGAAUGCCACAGUGGUUCAUUUAAAGAAUAAGUUUGAUUUAGAUAAGGUUAACUUGGAUCCCGAGCGUGCUCAGUUGUUGUAGAGCAUUGAUGCGACUUUGCAAAGAAUUUAUAGAGGCCGGAAAAAUAAAGCG